AUGUCAGGGAGUGCGUUGCACUCAGCACGCACCCAGAACAAGGCCUGCCGUCGCCCAAGCGCUUCGUAUUUUACACCAAGCAUCGGCAUCCCGUCGCUACGCGGGUGUGCAGAGAGUCCCGAGCUGCCGCGCUCCGCCGGGGCUUCUUCCUCCCACGAUGCCCGGACGUCUGGUUCAACCCCGACCGGGACAUGCUCUACAUGGACCGCAACCAGCGACGAUUCGCAAGCAGCCAAGGCGGGGAGGGGGGUGGACGUGGACGGCCUGGAGCGGGUGAAGCACGUCGGGGUCGAGUGGCGAGCGUGGUUCUCCGACAUCCCGGCCUUCCAGUCGGCGCAGAGCAUGCGGGAGAGGUGGAAGCACGUCCUACGCGCGCUGACAUGGUGCCUGCCCGAUCUGCAGACCAUCAACUUUGUGCUGCCGCAGACGCGAUGCUGCGGAGGCGUGAGCGUCGGGCGAGAGCCGUACGGAGCAUCCCUGAAUGCCUGCCGGCCAACAAGCCUCCCCGGGCACGUCAGCGUGCCGUGGGGCCGAGAAUUGCCGUCUGGAGCGGCGUGGGAUCCUGCCGUCGGUGCCGUGAGGUUGGGGCGUCAGCUGAGGAUACGCCUGACAAGCUGGGACACUAUUCGGGACCAGAUGGCGAGCGCGCUCGACGACGAUGACGGCCAUGGUGAUGGCGGUGCCGACCAGGACGACAGAGGGAAGGGGGGACAGGGCUGA